UUGGUUAUAGAACAUUCUAAAACUUAGACAAGACGAAUGUGAUUGGCUGGCGGGCAUAAGCCCGCCUUUAGGAUGACGUGUCUGCCUAUGGAUAUCAGUUGCCAGAGAAACCUGGCUUUACUAUGGCGGUUGGAGGAACGGCGGUGAUCACACGUCGGCUGCUGGGAAGAGCUGGAUUCUCGUUUCAGGUCACCAUCAGAAAAGCUAAGUUUGUUGUACAGUAAGGAUCAGAAGAUCUGAUCCUGAUUACGGAACCAUCCCUGAUUACAGAAUCUUGGGUAAGUGCUUCCCUUCUCCUGGCCUCAGUCCUCAAACAAGAUAAUACCACAUAGUCUUCCUAAACGUCUAGGAAUAUUUUGAACAUUAAUAAGCCCCUAUCUGGGAAAGCACUCUGAAUUCUAAUAAGGGAAGGAUGGAGCUAAACCCCUUGGUGCUUCCAGUGUAGAAAGUGGAUAUAGAGACCUAAACAACAGAGGGCUUAUAUAAUCUUGCAUCUCUCGAUAAAAGAUUCUACAAAUCAUGCCCUAUAGUUAGUUCUACAAAUCCAUAUAUUUGUUAUGUUGUUUUUCUUAUUUUUGGGCACCCCAUAUGCAGCAUAGUUUAGUUGUUAAGAGCAAAUACUGACUUGCUAAAUUUAAAUACUGGCUCUGCCACUUACUCUGUGAUCCUGGGCAAGAUAUUUACUCACUUUGUACUAAGUUUCAUCAUAUGUAAAAUAGAGGUAAUAAUAGUACCUACUUCAUAGGAUUGUUGUGAGAAUUAAAUGUAAAGUACCAGGACGGUGCCUGGCACAUGUAAGUGCUUUAAUAAUGAUUAGUUCUUCUGAUACAUCCUGUUUUACACACACACACAUGCUUCUAAAAGCAGUAGAUACCUCUCUUUGGAAUUGCAAAAAAAAUUAAUGUUGGUUUUUCUCCUGAUUUUCCAGAAGCAGCGUUACCACUAGAACUGAAUUUCUGAAAUUUUGACUUCUGGCUUGUCCUAACAGUCUAGAAAGGUUUUAAGUAUAUUGAUCAUAUUUAUUUAUCAGGGAAUUCCCAGGACCUAUAACUUUAACAUAAGUGGCAACUAGCAGAUCAUACCAUAUUUGGUUUGCUAGUAGCUUUUAUAUCAUUCCUCCUUUGUCCUCAGUCUGGAAAAUAAAAAAACAACAAACUGUUACACAUGAAGGAGAUGUUCCAAGAUCCAGAAGAGAGAAUUGAUAUAAAUGUAACUGACAUGGUGUGUUUGCAUUUAAAAGUUUAUUCCAUCAAACUAGAAGGUGUUAUUCACACUUAUUUGUGGCACACUUGUAUACAAAGAUGUUAGCGAUUGGAGUCUGCAUUCCCGAAUGAUCAGUCGCAUACAUGAGGAGAUGAAGGAAGGUUUUCAGUAUCUUUACAGCUCCAUUUCUCAUGGAGUCACUGUCUUUUCCUUAUUUUUCUCCCUUCCAAAAGCUAGGUUGCAGAGGAGGGCACUGCCCUGGUGGAAGAGAUGUACUAGAUGGGUAGGCAGAAAACCCUGUACGUGAGGCCAUUUGGAGAAUGAUUAAAGGCUAAAGGGAGCAGGGUGGACUGUUGAGCCAGUAGGAGCUCAGAGAAGGCAUCAGUCAGGGUGGCCUGAAAUGGAGAAAGCCUUAAGGAGGAAAUGGAUCUUGACUUCAGCCUCUGAUGAUGGCCAGAACCUAGAAGGAGGGAGGGAAACCAGUCUGAAUGGUGUGCCUACAUAGUAUACAAUAAACAGUAACAACUAACUGAAUAGUUCAGCUCUAUGUAUAAUCCAUGGAUAAGAGUAGCUUAGAAUAUCAUUAUAAAUUUAAAGUAUUAUGUGUUUUUAAUCACAUAAUCGAUAUGUGAAUACAUUCUCCUUAUAAAAUUUAAAUAUAACAGUAGGCUUAGGUUUCCUUUGUAACCAUUCUCAAUUCUCUUACCCUCCCUAGAGGUAACCACUAAUAUCGGUUUGGUCUAUUUCCUUCUAGAUCUAAAUUGUGUACCUCUUUAAAAAAAAUGUCUAUGGAGAUACAUAAAACAUUGCUUUGUGUUUUUCUUUUUACACAAAUAUGGUGUCCCACUAUAAGUAUUGUUUUGCAACUAGCUAUCUGUGUUGUUUGUCUUGAAUGUCUUCAUGUCCAUUCAUACAGUUCUAUUUGAUUCCUUUCACAAUGGCACUCCUUUAACUAGCAUGAUAUUGCAUAUUAUGGGUAUAGUACGUUGUAUUUUGCCAAACUGGAGAUUGACUGAUGUUUUGCUACUUCAAAUAAUCCUGCAUUAAAAAUCCUUGUAUAGUUCUCUUGGUACAUAUUUACAAGUGUUAUUCUAGGGCAACGUUUAUGUUUUGAAGAUAUGAUGAUUAACCAGUGUGAUACUGGUUUGAGAAUAAUCAGACAUAUCACUGGCACAGAACAGAUAGCCUAGAAAUAGUGAUACCUUUAAGAACUGAAUAAUCAAAAAACACUGGGAAGAGAGUACCACAAAAGACCCAAAUACUGUGGAGAAUUUAGAAUGUUACAAAAGAGCAUUUCAAAUUAUUGGGGAAAGGGUGGACUCUUCAAUAAUUGAGAUUAGGAAAAGUUUGUUGUAUAUUUGGAAAAAAGCUUAUAUUUUAUGCAAAGAUGAAUUCUAGAUGAUUAGAGAUUUAAAUGUAGGAGAAAAACUAUAAAAAUACCAGGAAAUAGUAUAGGCAAUCAUUUUUAGAAAUUCUUAAAGUAAGAUACCAUAAAUACACUUAAAAGACAAAUGGCAGUUUGGAAAAAGUAUUCCCAACAUAAAAAAGGGUAAUUACUAGAAAUCAAUAAAAAGCAGCAAAUAACCCAGUAGAAAAGAAAAAAGAUAAAUUGACAAUAAGCAUAUGAAAAGAUGUUCAAUAUCACACAAAUUCAAAUGAAAAUAAAAUGCCUCAUUACCUGUUACGCCAAAAAAAAAAGUUGUUUUUUUUUCUUCCAAAAAUGUUGUUUAUCCACUGUCCUUGAGGAGGUUGGUGAAAAGACCUGCACUUUUGCUGGGAAUACAAAUUGAAACAGUUCUUUUUGAUGUGAAUUUGGCUUUAUCUUAUCAAAAAUUGUGAAUAAGUAAAUCCUUUCAACAAACAGUUUCACUUCUGGGAACAGAUCCUUCAGAAAUAUUUAGCCUAAUGCUCUAAUACAGCUGUACUGUUAAACAGCAUUUUUUUAAAAUAAUGAAAUGUUGGAAAAAAGCUGAAUGCUCAUUAAUAAGGGACUUGUUAAACUAUGGAACAUAAAAAUUACAGAAUACAAUGUGGAUGUUAAAGAAUGAGGUAGGUAUGUGCUGACAUGAAAAGAUGCUAAUGAUAAUAUCCUAACGAGAAAAACAAGGUGCAGAGCAGUAUGUAUUUCAUCUUUUUCAAAACAAAUUAUUAAAAUGCAUGAUAUAUUCACACACAUAACAUUUGAUUUUAAAGGUGUAUUUGUGUGUGGAUAUGCACAUAAAAAAAAUUGAACGAAUGCACACAGGUUUGUUCAGGGGAUACAUUAGGGUAGGGGAGGUAGGGAGAUGCCCACAUCUUUAUGUAUGUUGUAUUUAUGGGUAUAUAAAGGGAAAAUUACACAAUAAAUGGUGCCAUACAAUUUAAUUACUUGGGAGAAAAUUAGAUUUUUAGCUAAUACAUCACAAAAUAAAUUCUAGGUGGAUUGAAGAAUUAAACAUAAAUCCAUAAAAAUAUAUCUUAAUUUUUAGACUUAAAAACAGUGGCAGGAAAAACUACCUAUCUGACCAUAUAAGACUUGAGGGGAAAGACAAGGUCAGACACUGUAAAAGAAAAUACUAGGGGAAAUAUUUACCAAAAUAGGACAUAAUUCUUAAUAUUUAAAGCUGUAAGUAGGUAAAAUCACCAAGAACCAACUCCAGAUUAAUGGGUAAAGGACAAGAGCUGAAAUAGAAAUGGCCAAUGUACACAUUUUUAAAAAUGUUAAAACUUCACUAAUAAAUACAAGCUAAACUAAAACAACCCCUUUUUCCUCAUCAAAUUCACAAAUAUUUUCAUGAGGCUACCCAGUGCUGGCCUGGGUAUGAGGUGUGAUAAGUGAUAUUUUUACACUUAUUUGGGAGGUGAUUUAUUAAGGGCCUUAAAAGUGUCAGACCUCUUGACCCUUUAAAUCCACUUCUGGGAAUCUUGCAAAGGAAUAAUAUGAAAUGAAGGCAAAAAAUGUGUAUACAAAAUAUUAUAAUUGGUAGUUGUGGGAUAAAAUGGGGAGGGGUGUUAACUAAGGUAAGGUGUGUCGAUUUGAUUUUAAAUAUACAGCUCUCAAAAUGGGUGCAAAUUCCGACCUUCAUAAUACGGGACCAUGAUUAGUUGUAAUAGUAAAUUUAAAAAGAAAAGGGAAAUCUAAGAUUUACUAACCAGUAUGAGCUCACCUCUGCUUAAGUGUGUAUUUACAUAGAGAUUAAAAUUAAAGGUAGGAAACUAUGAUAAACAUUACAAAUGUGUUUUCUCCGUUUCUGGCCUAACAGAACUGUCCUAUGGGAAAGAAGUGGAAAAAUGUUUGAUACUCACCUCAUCCUUCCAGACCAUCCCUGAAGCUCUAUAAGAUUCCAUCUGAGAAAGCACUAGGAGUUCUUGGAAGGAGAAGAAGGAAGAAGAUUAUUGGUUGGAAGAAAAACAGGGUUGAAUGAGUUCCAGAAAGCAGGGUUCUCAAACUCGUGGACAACAAUCUGCUGAAGAAGACAACUUCAAAAAGCCAACUAGAAGCAACAUGCAGAGAAGUAAGAUGAGAGGGGCCGCCUCAGGAAAGAAGACAGCUGGUCCUCAGCAGAAGAAUCUGGAGCCAGCUCUUCCAGGCAGAUGGGGGGGUCGCUCUGCAGAGAACCCCCCUUCAGGAUCCGUGAGGAAGACAAGAAAGAAUAAACAGAAGACUCCUGGAAACGGAGAUGGUGGCAGUACCAGUGAAGCCCCUCAGCCACCUCGGAAGAAAAGGGCCCGGGCGGAUCCUACUGUUGAAAGUGAGGAGGCAUUUAAGAAUAGAGUGGAGGUGAAGGUGAAGAUUCCUGAAGAAUUAAAACCAUGGCUUGUUGAGGACUGGGACUUAGUUACCAGGCAGAAGCAGCUGUUUCAGCUCCCGGCUAAGAAAAAUGUAGAUGCCAUUCUGGAAGAGUAUGCAAAUUGCAAGAGAUCUCAAGGAAAUGUCGACAAUAAGGAAUAUGCAGUUAAUGAAGUUGUGGCAGGAAUAAAAGAAUAUUUCAAUGUGAUGUUGGGCACUCAGCUGCUCUACAAAUUUGAGAGGCCCCAGUAUGCCGAGAUCCUCAUGGCUCACCCUGAUGCCCCGAUGUCCCAGGUUUAUGGAGCGCCACACCUACUGAGAUUAUUUGUAAGAAUCGGAGCAAUGUUGGCCUAUACGCCCCUUGAUGAGAAGAGCCUUGCAUUAUUGUUGGGCUAUUUGCAUGAUUUCCUAAAGUAUCUGGCAAAGAAUUCCGCAGCCCUGUUUACUGCCAGUGAUUACAAAGUGGCUUCAGCUGAGUACCAUCGCAAAGCCCUGUGAGGGUCUACUGACCACUCACUGUUAUGUCUGGAUAUCUGUAAACACUUUUCUUUUUGUUCUUAGUCUUUUUCUUGUAUAAUUGAUGUUCUCUUAAAAUCGUUAAUGUAUCACAGGGCUGAUGUUUAAGUUUGUUUUCUGUUUGUUUCAAACAGAAAAUAAAAGGAGAGUAAACUCCUUUUCUCAUUUCAAAGUUGCUACCAGUGUACGCAGUAAUUAGACAAAGAAGAAACAUUCAGUAGAACAUUUUAUUGCCUAGUUGACAACAUUGCUUGAAUGCUGGUGGUUCUAUCCCUUUGACACUACACAAUUUUCUAAUAUGUGUUAAUGCUACGUGACGAGAUGCCCUGAUUCCUAGUGCCAAAGGUUCAACUUAAUGUAUAUACCUGAAAGCCCAUGCAUUUGUGCUCUUUUUUUUUUUAUGGUGCUUGAAGUAAAACAGCCCAUCCUCCGCAAGUCAUCUAUGUUGUUCCUUAGGCAUUCUAUCUUUGCUCAGAUUGUUGAAGGAUGGUGGUUUGUUUCAUGGUUUUUGUAUUUGCGUCUAAUGCACAUUCUAACAUGAUAGAGGCAAUGCAUUAUUGUGUAGCCGCGGUUUUCUGAAAAGUUGAUAUUUUAGGAAUUGUAUUUCAGAUCUUAAAUAAAAUUUGUUUCUAAAUUUCAAAGCAAAUCAUUUGCAGUGUGUCUUUAAUGUUACUAAGGUUGAUAAAGUCAGCAGGGAAGAUCUA